ACAAAACACACCCACAACAACAACACACACCACAAACCAGCCAUGUGGCGAGAUGCGGUGCUUGUCCUGGUGGCGGUGAAGGUGCUGCUGCUACCGCAGGUGGACACGCUGGCACUGGUGUGUGGCAUGCUGGCCUUCUACAUGCUUGUGCACAUGUACAUGUCCAAGGCGACGCUGCUGUCGCUGCCCACAUUUGCCGCCGCCACCGUGGUUGCAAUCGCCACCGCCACAUACAUGCACAGCACAGACCAGCUCACCGCGUGUUGGGGGUAUGGCCUGUUUGCGGCCGUGGUCGUCGCCUUCCGCUUCGAUACACACAGGCACUGGCGCAAGUUCCACAACACGCGCCGAAAGCUGAUGGUCAGCACUUGGCGCUCGACAGCAGAGGGCUCCAUCUAUGGGUUUACGGAAGUCGAUGCGACACGGCUGAUGCCCUUCCUGAAGGAGCAGUCUGACAAGUCUGGCACAAAGAUCACCAUCACCCACGCCGUGAUCAAGGCCAUUGGCCUGGUCCUCAAGAAGACGCCGGAAGUGAACGGCCGCCUUGUCUUUGGCCGCUACUACCCGGCAGACACCGCAGACGUCAGCUGCCUCGUUGCCAUGCAGGGCAAGGAAGGCUUUGACCUCGGCCUCACCAAAGUGCCCGACGCAGACCUCAAGCCGCUGCCAGAUGUCGCAAAGUGCCUGCGCCGCAACGCAGGCUCGCUGCGCGGUGGCAAGGACCACUAUCACGAGGCCCGCAAGCCGCUCCUGUCGUGGGUGCCGGCCUUCCUGCUGGAGCCCCUCGUCGUCAUCACGGGGUGGCUGGCCGCGCUCGGCAUCACCAUCCGCUCCAUCGGUGUGCAGGGCCACCCUUUUGGCACCGCCAUCAUCACCUCCGUGGGCAUGCUUGGCCUCGACAUGUGCUUUGUGCCGCACCCGCCCUUUGCGCGCGUGCCGCUGCUGGCCAUGGUGGGCAAGCUGCAGGACAAGCCGUGCAUCGACAAGGCCACUGGCGGCGUGGUGAGCAGGCCCUUCAUCCCCGUCACCUUCACUGUGGACCACCGCUUCCUGGACGGGCAGCAGGGCGCCGUCAUGGCCGAGCACUUCAAGCAGAUUCUCGAGGACCCGCAGACGCACAUGGCCUGAAGCGCACCCGGCGUGCGUCUUAGGACGUGUGUAUGUGUGUGUGCAUAUGUAGGAUUUGUGUGUGUGUGUGUGUUGGUUACAAACAAAGGCCUGAUGGGGUCUAUGUGUGUGUGUGUGUGUGUGUGUGUGUGUGUGUGUGUGUGUGUGGUUUGCUUGUCUUUGCCCGAUCCCCGCACGUCGUUAUUGGUGUUGUCGGUCCUCUUUUCUUUGGGCUCCUGUACAUGUGCGCGCGUGCCUGGUCGUUAGUGUUUACUUCGCUUGAGUUGUUGUCUGAUUCAAUACAAGAACAC